AUUCACAAGAAGAAGCGCUGCUGCCGAAACACCGAACACUUUCUACUCCCGUUUGUAAUAAACACAUUCCGGAUUAUUUUUUUAUGGAUUUAUAAAUGCACAUUUCACGCAUUUCACGGAUUGUACCACGGCCUGGGAAGUGUUAUCCAAGGAGAGAUUGGAAUUUAGAAGUUUCCUCCAGCAGGGAACUGGAUUGAUGUCUUAAUGCAACUAUUUUGGAAAGAGACUAAGGGCAUCUUGACGAAGACUCAAAGUAAAACUUGUUACGUGUGACUUGUGUUGGGUGACAGGUGACAUCCCGUUUUCGCCGGGCACAGUAGGUGUUUCGGUUUCUCUCGGCUCCACCGGGGAGAUGUAUCAGGGGUUCCCCGGAGACCCCGACACCGGCUCCCGUGGAAGCUCAUCUCCUUCUCUUGAAUCUCAGUACCUGUCGUCCGUGGAAUCCUUCGGGAGUCCGCCCACCACCAGCGCACCGCAAGAGUGUGUAUCUGCCACUGGCGGGGUAGGGGUGGGUGGAGGGUCAACCGGCACCGGGGCAGGGGUGGACAUGCCCAGCUCAUUUGUACCCACAGUGACGGCCAUCACCACCAGCCAGGAUCUGCAGUGGAUGGUGCAGCCCACUCUCAUCUCCUCCGUGGCACCAGGGCAAAGCGCCUCGGGCUCCAGCACCAUGACGCAGCCUGUUGCCCUGGAUCCUUACGACCUGCCAGGCCCAAGCUUUUCAUCCCCUGGAAGCUUCACCCCACCAAGCUCUGAUACUCCUGGCCCAGUGCGACAAUCUCGGAGCCGCCGUCGUGCACGGGAUGAAACGCUGACCCCUGAGGAGGAGGAGAAGAGACGUGUGAGACGAGAGAGAAAUAAACUGGCCGCCGCUAAGUGUAGGAACCGACGGCGUGAGCUCACAGACAGGUUACAGUCGGAGACAGACAUAUUGGAGGAGGAGAAGGCCGAGCUAGAGGCCGAAAUAUCCGAGCUGCAAAAGGAGAAGGAGCGUCUUGAGUUCGUCCUGGUCGCCCACCAACCUGGCUGCAAAAUUCCAUACCAGGACCAGCCCCCCGCACCACUGCCGCUGCCGCAGCCGCUGCCGCAGACGUCCCCACAGGCGCCUUCCGUCUCCGUGGUGGGUUUGACUGUGAAGGAGGACUCUUUCUACCUGCCGCCCGCCUACUCGUCCCACCACCACCACCACCACCACGUCCCGGUUACACAGCCCACGCAGACACAUCCGGCCCCAGCACAACAGCAGCAAGGGAUGAUGCAGGAGGUAGCCUUUUCUAGUUCUUUCUAUGGGCAGGGCCAGCCGGCGCCGGACGGCCCGUGCCUUGUUGCCGACGGUGGCGGUAACCCUGACGCCGGCAGCUACAUCCCCUCAUACACAUCUUCAUUUGUGUUCACCUACCCAGAGGGAGCCUGCGGGGCCAGCGCUAACCAGCGAACCAGCAGCAGCGAUCAGUCCUCUGAUUCCCUGAACUCACCCUCGCUUCUUGCACUUUGAGAGCUCUGCAUCUCUCUGCUUCUGCUUGCCUAUCGACAGCACCACAUACGUACAUACAAAUUCAGUUACGCCUCUGACAUUGUAUCGAUCGUUUACAUUUAAGCCCUGCGAUUUAAGGCCCAGAUGCGUUAGUGUCUGAGUGACUUCAUCAGAUGAUGUAAGUGUAUAUUAAUUCACAAUGAAUUCAGGCUUAAUAUCAAGAUGAGUCAGUAGCCCACACACACACACUUAAAUUGUCAUAGACAUUUAAAUCCGUUUGACACAUAACAAUGCAAGCACAUCAGCACACUCCCCCUUUUAUCUUUCUCGCUCCAGCUUACAUUGGUGUACCAUCUCCCUCCUUCUCUCUCUAUCCACGCCAGGUGCCUGCUGUGUAUUUGUCUAAGCAAAAAAAAAAAGGGGGCACGGAUCUGCUUUGUGGGUUUUGUUUCGUUUUUCUAUUGUUUUGGCCUACCUUGCAACCCUUUCUUUCUCCAUCCAGUUCAUCCACACCUCUUCCGACGUCUUCCUAUGACAAAAGGACAUGACCACACACUCUCUACCUAUCUAUCUUUCUUUGUUUCUCCCUCCGUUGUCCAUCUCCACAUCUGUUUCUCCUCUCUCCUGUCUUUAUGUACCUCGGGUUCUCUCUGAAGCCUUCGGCCCCUGAGAGUCCGUUGGACCCUGAAAGCCCAUGGAACCUUGACUGAGUGCCAGCCCACACCCCAACACCUCAAAUCCUCUCGCACGGACCGGCCAACAGUGAGCAGACAUCUAAACGAACCAGCCACAGCGCGCAGAUCAAAUGCCAUCUCAGAUGCCACCGCACAGGCUAAAGGAACGGGACUCUUUAUUCCUCCUCAGCGCUGAGGAUUUGAUUUCGGAUGAGCGGAGGAAAUACAUCGCUAGACUUUGGCAAGGCCAGCGGAGGAGCUUUGGCAAGCUUUUGGAAUCUGGAGGUAUGAGAUGAGAGUAUUCGCAUCUCCCGCUGGUCUUCUGAGAGCUUUCACACCCUGUUACGCCCUUUCCCCUUUCUUGAGGGGUAUGUUUGCUUGUUUCAUUCUGUGUUUCAAAGAUAGUAUUAACUCAAAAGUGGCUUAUCUGAUGAUCCCAUAUGAGAGUGGGUUGAAGAGCAUUAUAUAAUGAGUGACCAAAAAAAAAAAAAAAAAAUGGAGUAAAAAAAAGGACAACCUCUUGGUUUUGGAUGAGUGGCCUCUGUGCUUCUUGACAUAGUCCUUGAGUUGAGACCUCUAGGCUUUGAUUGUGAAUGGAAGCCACAGAGGACUACAUGUCCAGUUGAUUUCUUUCUUUAAGGGGGUUGUUGAUGUUGGUUUUAAAAUGGAAAAAGCACAAAUGGCGGCUGCAGAUGGAAGGAACACGUAACGGUGGCCUACCUAAAGGACGGGAUGUGCUUUUGAAUAUGAACCGUUUACUUUCCUGUGAAUGUUUUUUGAUGUUUUGAGUUACUGAUUUUUCAUUAUGCUUUUUUGCUCUUGAUUGUGCCGUUGCUGCCAAAUGGAAGAAUUUUGUGGGGCUUUUAGCUGCUCCUUCUAUCUGUUAUUGUUGUCUUACUGCAGUUAUCACAAAUAUUGUUAUUAUGGUUAUUAUUAUUAUUUCAUAGUUAUCUCAUGUUGGCAACUAAAAAGGCAUGUUGUGCACUAUGAACCUUUUUAUGUCUAAAACUAUAAAUAUAUAUAAAUAUAUAUAUUAUGUAUGCAUAUAUAUACAUAUUCAGUGUAUAUAUAUAUACAAUGAUUGUAAUGUAAUAUAUGAAUGUUCAGAAAAUGUUAUUUUUGUCAAUGAAGACAGAUAGGGAGAGCUUGAUGCACUUGGUUUUGAUUUAAACAUAGAUAUUUUUCUAAAAGAACAAAAAAUAUAUUAUAAUAAACAAUAACAGCCCCGCUUUCCCUUAUGAUAUGAGAAGCAUUGUCACUGCCUUUCAUUGGAAACGUGUAAUAUGUACGAUGACUGUAUUGAAACUGUGGUGCACAUAUAUGUAUCACAGGUUUGUGCUGUGCUUGAUUUGCCAAUGAGGUUGGUCCCACAGCCCUUGUUCAUCAACCCCUGUGGACAAAACACACUGGACGCCAAAAUAUCUAUAAAUGCGUAAACAAAUCAAUAAAUAUGCUAAAGAAAAAAGAAGAAAUGAAUUGAGUGUUUCAAUGUAUUUUAGAUGAGCAUAUGAUAUUCAGCUGUGUUGUCCAGUGUGUGCUGUCUGCCCUUUGACUGAGUGUGUGUGUGAGAUAGUCAGGGCUUGAUGGACAUCUUUUAACCAGCCCUAAUUAAUUCAUGUUAUGGACAUGAUCAGAAUUAGAGUUGUCAUUUUUAAAAUGUGACACUUUGAGCGCUGUUGAGCAGAUUCGUAAACACCUCUGAUUGGCCAUUGUGUUCACAUGCUCAACAUAUAUGUCUGUGAUUGGCUACAAUGAUCAACGCUUCAAAAACAUGUUGUAAAUAGACAUCAAAGACGCUCUUACCGAGCGCUUACACAGAUACACGCAGGCAUCUAUCAGCGGACAGCUCCCGCUUUCAAAUUCAAAUGCUCCCGUGCGUUGAUCAUUCACAGACAUAUAUGUUGAGCAUGUGAACACAAUGGCCAAUCAGAGGUGUUUACGAAUCCACUCAACAGCGCUCAAAGCGUCGCAUUUUUAAAAUGUCAGUACCGACUUGGUAUCGAAAUCGGAAUACAGAUUGGAAGUAUUUUUUAAAAACAGUCGAGGUCCAUUGUUAUUAUUGACUUUGGCUUCUUUAUCUGGAGUAUUUUAUGGGGUGGAAACAAGAAUAUUUGUACAGUUGUUUAAAUCGAAAUGCCUUUUCGUGCUACAUUUAUACACACAAGUGCACCAUUGUCUUGUUGGUCGAAUUUAGACCCAGAGUUUCAAAUAUAAGCAGAGAGAGCUCUUUCCAACAGAGCCAUUUGAUAAAAAUUACGUUGAAUUAUGAAUUAUGAUGUCUCAAAGAGUGACGUUAUGAAGGCAGAGCUUUGAUUUCACAAAGUGGGACAUGAUAUGAUAUCAGAAAGCACAUUGUCAAACAGCUCCAUGUUUAACUUUUCUUCAAAAGACUUUAUUGUGUGUCACAACAGUUUUAUGUUGUUUGGAUCUUUCAGCUGUUGGUGCUUUUGUUACUCCUACACCAAAACAUAUUGUUACUGUAUCUUUACAAAUAUGAUCUGACUCUGAUAUUAUAGCAAAAGGAGAUGUUGGUUAAAUGAUACAGUAUCAGUGACUCUGUGGUCUUCCACUUUGCAGAAACUCCUUGUUUAGAUUCAGCUGCACAAUCGUGUUUUAGAUCAUCCUAGGUAUUUUCAAACUCACAGUGCUUUGGUGCAAUGCAAUAUUUCAGAUACUCUAGGAAAACCAUGUAGCAAAUCAACUGAACUGUAUGAUAAAAGUCAUUUCUGAUGCUACAGUGUCACAGUGAAGAUUUGAGACAAGUGGUUUUGUCUUUACAGUUUACCUUGUGUAUCAUUUACUCUGCUGAGACCUCAGUGAUGGGAGGGUUAUGCAUUAUGAGGAUGUAAAACGUCAGUGCCAUUUUGCGCUUAGUGGGCAUUGAUUGAUUAGUGAACUGUUUCACUUUCUAAUGCACAUUUUAGGAUUGCCUUCAGUAUGAAAAGAGUGAAAUCUAAGAGAUCAUAGUCUAACGUUACACAAUUUAAAAGAAAGAGGGCUGACCUAUUUCUCAUACAUCAUUUUUUGAAGGGAAAUGAAAGUUAGAUGUAAUAAGAAUCAUUACAAAACAUUUCAAACUGAAGAUAAUAUGGUGCUUUUUCAAUACUGUUUGUCUUUGUAUAUUCUUGACAAAGAAAACGUGUCGUUGGAGAUUUGAGGUUGUGAGUUUAGGACACUCAAGAGUGGUUUACAGAGUGUUUUCAGAGUUCUCAUAUUGAACAGCAUAUUUAAUACAUACUGAACAACCCUUGUGAAUUAUAUAAUCCGCCGUUCUACAUUCUUUCCCUUUUCACCCUUUCUCCGUUAUGCUAUAUUUCUAGCCCUUUAAUGAAUGGAGAAGGACAUUUCAUAUUGUUAGACUGUGAAAUCUUGGUGUACUGUCCUAUCUUAAUAUCUUUGUAUGACGUCCAAUUUUUCUUGUAAAGGAAAUGUCUACAAAAUAAACAUAUUCACAAAGA